ACUCUCUCGUGUUUAAACUUUCAUUUGUCAGUUUCGGUGUUCUCCUCCAAUUAUUGAUAAGCGAAACGGGAUGGGAGACCUAUAUCUAGUAUAAAUAAGGCGCUACUAUCACUUGAAGAACAGACAUACUUGACGUAACAAGUAACUUUCCAUCCCCUCUCAUCCCAACCUGUAUUGUUUGCUAUAUCCGCUCAAAGCCAUCGCACGUCCCUUCUCCUGGGAUCGAAUAUCCAAAAUGACACAGAAAGACUUUGAAACCUUCAAGCUUGGGGAUUGGGAGCUGCAGAGUGGAGAAAAGCUCAUCAAUGCGUCUAUUGCGUAUAAGACAUUUGGUGACCCGAAGUCGCCAGCUAUUGUUUACCCCACAUGGUUUUCCGGGUCGAUCUCAGAUAACGUCUGGCUGAUCGGAGAAGACAAAACACUCAACCCCAAGGCGUACUUCAUCAUUAUCCCGGCGCUCUUUGGGAAUGGCCAGUCAACCUCCCCAUCCAACUAUUCCGCUUCCGAUGUAUUUCCGGCGUGUUCCUUCUACGACAACGUGCGUGCCCAAUACACACUAGUCACACAGCAUUUAGGCAUAUCGCAUCUGCACGCCGUGGUUGGGUGGUCGAUGGGUGCAGCCCAAAGCUAUCAGUGGGCAACACAAUACCCAGACUUCAUGGAUUUGGUGGUGCCAUUCUGUGGGUCAGCAAAGACCUCCUUGCAUAACCAAGUGUUCUUAGAGGGGGUGAAAGGUGCGCUGUUAGCAGCAAAACACACGCCUUCUGCUGUCUUGAGAGAUACCCGUUCCCCCGAGGCCGGGCAGGCGUCGAGAAUAUGGAACAAUCAGGAGAGGCAAAUCGGCUUGAAAGCCUUGGGUAGGGUUUAUGCUGGUUGGGGAUUUAGCCAAGCUUUCUACAGAGAAAAGCUGUAUGAGACUGAACUUGGCUACAAGAGCCUGGAGGACUUCAUGCAAGGUUUCUGGGAGAAGUGGGCUCUUUCUAAAGACCCUGAAAAUCUGCUGGCCCAUCUGCAAACCUGGCAGCAAGGGAACGUGAGCAAUCAAGAGCCAUAUAAUGGCGACUUUGAGAAGGCCAUGGCCUCAAUUAGGGCGAAGACGCUGGUGUUGCCGGGCAAAACCGACCUUUACUUCCCCCCGGAAGAUUCUGAGUAUGAAGUUGCAUGCAUGAAGCCGGGGAUCGGUACCAUUCGCGUUAUUCCCUCCAUUUGGGGUCACUGGGCCGGGGGCCCUGGUGACAGUAAGGAUGACGUUGAGUGGCUUGACAAGCAACUGGCCCAAUUUUUGGGAGAGCACUCGAGAGCGUGAUUGUUAUCCAUGAGGCCAUGAGAUUGCUUUGCUAUAGUAAGUUUCUCCUAAGAAGUUAGUGAGACAAACAUGGAUGUACGUAGUCCGUCUAGAAACACUAGAGAGUGGGGUAUGAUACAGUUUAUAUGAUUGGUGGAUGAUGAAGUAUGGGAAUCCUUAGUAGCACGUGAUUAUAGAAAGGCGUCACUGCUGAGUCAGUUGACCAUGGCGCCGAUAAACCUUCUUUCUUCAACUUCGAUCGCU